AUGCCAAUAUAUAGCAUAAGUUUUAUUGCUGUUCUUUCAUUUGUUUUAAUUAAUUGUUUUAUAUCCAGUGUUGAAUCUUUAUGGGUUCCCCCCGAUUAUUGGGCUACAGUCUACAGGAAUGGCCAACUUGAAUUUGGAAGAUCCAUCGAUGAACUUAUUACCUUCCUUCCAGAGUUGAACAGCUAUAUUGGAUAUUGGAUUGAAGACAAUCCAAAUAUAAAACAACGAAUAGAGGGCUAUGGUCAUGUUUCUAUUGUCAACACAGACCCUCCUCGUUUUUGUGGAAAUUUUGCUUCGUUUCAUACAAAUAAAAGUAAAAAUAUUUGUGGAGGAUUUCGUGUUUUGGCUUGCAAAAAAUCAAGAAAUGGGAAGAAAAAUCCAUUGAAUGAUGAUAAUUGGGUAUAUGGAAGUUCAAAACUUUCUGAGAAAGUGGCUAUUGCCGUUAAUCCAAAUAAUGGGAAAUUAAUUAGGUUCUCCUUUGCUGAUAAACCGUUGGAAUAUAGGGGAAAUGUAAAAAUUUUAGAAUGUUCUAAUGAUUUUCCAGUAGAAGAUAUACUUUCAACAAGCUGGCCUUAUCCAACAUUUCCACCAAUUUAUGGAGGAAAAAAGAAUAAUUUAAUUGAUAUUAAAGAAUCUCCACCAAAAACAACAACCUUUCCAGCACCAACAACAAUCCUCCUCACCAAACAAGAAACAACAACGUUAAUACCUUCCGUAGUAGAGCAAACAACAACAAUAACAACAACUAUAAAGCCUCAACAACUUUCAAAUAAAGGAGAUAUACAAGAGACAGAUUAUAUUGAAUUAAGCGGUGCUGGUAUAAAUUGGGGUUUAGAUAAAGAAUUUGUAAAAAGGGAAGAAGGAAAUGAAAAUUUAUUUAAUAAUUCAAUUACAAAUAAAUGGUUGAGGGAUGAUUUAAAUAUUUUAACAACAAACCAUCAAUAUCAUCAACAUCGUCGUAAAAGAUUUAAAGUAAAAAAAGACAGGAAUAUUAAGAAAAUUUUUUAA